AUGUUCCGUGAUGAGCCAUCAAAACGAAAUUUAUCGUCAUUUUCGUUAUCCUCAUCGUCUCCGAAACAAAACAAUCCAAAAAGUAAACCUUUCGUUUCUCCAAAUCAAUAUGAGCUUCUCAGGAUUUUAUUCAGCACUCCUACGGUCACAGAUCCACUUCCUAUUCAAGACGAGGUCAUGGUCGACUCGAAAUCUCAGCCAACGGAAAACGAUCACCUUAUUCGUAAGUCACUGCGAAUAUUUGUUACAAAUAUAACUAACCUUAAUGCGCCACCGCCCUAUAUUAUCACUAUAUUGGGACCAUAUAGAUAA